GAGGAGAAAGUGGAUUUGCAGACUUCAUUCACUCACAAGUCAGAUGUGUCUACAUGCUGCACUGCAUGCUGCAAAUUCAGUUAUGUUGUUUUGUAUACGAGCCAUUAGGCUCAGACAUGGAGCCAUUAGAUGCUGGGACAGUCAUCGCACCAUAGCUACUGUCAUCUCAGGCAAGAAGACAUCACAACAGAUGAUGGAGCAUCUGAAAAAGGAUGUGGAGGAGAUGUCGGGUCAGUUUUCUGGAUUUCGACCAGGCCUGGUGGUGCUACAAGUUGGGGACAGAGAUGAUUCCAAUCUUUACAUCAGUAUGAAGUUAAAGGCAGCAGCGAAGAUUGGAAUUAAUGCAAACCACAUCAGGCUUCCAAAGACUGCGACAGAAGAUGAGGUGUUGCAAAGCAUUUCUAUGUUUAAUGAGAACCCUGAAGUGCACGGGCUGAUCGUUCAGUUACCGCUGGACUCCGUUAACUUUAUAGACACAGAAAAAGUCACUAAUGCUGUGGCUCCAGAGAAGGAUGUGGACGGGUUGAGCAGUGUUAGUGCAGGAAAACUGGCUCGUGGAGAUCUAAAAAAUUGCUUCAUGCCCUGCACACCCAACGGGGUAAUGAAACUCAUCAGACAAACGGGCGUUUCAUUGUCUGGUACGAAUGCCGUGGUGAUCGGGCGCAGUAAGAUUGUUGGCGCACCUAUGCAUGAUCUCCUUUUAUGGAACCAUGUCACCGUCACCAGCUGCCACUCCAGGACUCCAGAUCUUGCUGCACAUGUGGGCAGGGCAGAUGUCUUAGUGGUGGGCACCGGAAGAGCAGAGAUGGUAAAAGGCGAGUGGAUAAAAGAGGGAGCGGUGGUCAUUGAUGUUGGCAUCAAUUACAUCCCAGACAAGAGGAGACCUGGAGGGAUGCGGGUGGUGGGUGAUGUUCACUACCCAUCAGCUGUAGAACGAGCUGGAUUCAUCACUCCAGUUCCUGGAGGAGUAGGACCCAUGACUGUAGCCAUGUUGAUGGAGAAUACAAUCAAAAGUGCUAAACAAUUUCUACAAAUAUACCGACCUGGGAGUUGGAACAUUUCCUACACACAGCUGAAGCAGCAGAGACCUCAACCAAGUCAUGCUCAGAUCUCUCGCUGCCGCCCACGGAAACCUAUCGGUCAGCUGGCCAAAGAAAUAGGCCUCUACUCGAAGGAGAUGGAGCCAUACGGCAGGGGCCGGGCGAAAGUAAGCCUGGAUGUCCUAAAACGCCUGAGCAAACAGCCUGAUGGGAAAUACAUAGUGGUCACUGGAAUUACCCAGACUCCACUGGGUGAGACCCAGAGCACCAUCACGCUUGGACUGGCACAUGCUUUAGGAGCCCACAUGAAGGUCAACACUUUGGCCUGUGUAGAACAACCUUCUCCACGAUACAGUCUCCACAUCAGAAAAGGUGUUGCAGGUGCUUAUUCUCAGAUUCCCAUGGAAGAGGCCAUUUUUCAACCUUCAGGAGACACUGAAGCUCUUUCUGCAGCCUGUGGUGUAAUAACGGACACCAUCACGACGUACUGCUACUAUCAGUCCAGACUAUCUGACCAGGCUAUGUUUGAACUCCUGGUUCCAUUCAGAGAAGGUCAUCAAGUGUUCUUACCACAUCAGCUCAAAAGGCUACAGAGACUAGGUAUUGACAAAUCCGACCCCUCGACACUAACCCAAAAAGAGCUAGAACGCUUCGUCCAGUUGGACGUGGACUUAAACACCAACACGGACCGGCUCUCUCUGGAGAACGAGAUCAUGGCUGUUGUGUCUCUGAGCAGCAGUGCAGACGAUCUACAGGCCAGAUUGGACAAAAUGGUGGUUGUUAACAGCAAAUCUGGAGAGCCUGUAACCACAGAGGACCUGGGUGUUAGUGGUGUUUUAUCACUGCUGUUGAACAACACCGUGAAGCCUUGUCUCAUGCAGACUUUGGAGGGGACUCCAGUAUUUCUUCACGCUGGUCCAUUAACUGAUGAUGCCCAGGGCAGUCCAUCCGUCAUGGCAGACAAAACAGCCCUGAAACUGGUUGGCCCUGAAGGAUUUGUGGUAACUGAGACAGCUCAUGCUGGGAUGGACAAGUUCUUCAACGUCACAUGUCACUCCUCAGGUCUGCAGCCGGACGUACUGGUUUUUGUGACCACCGUCCAGGCCCUAAAAGUGUACGGACGUGGCGCGCAGGUAACAUCGGGCUUUCCUUUGCCCGAAAUGUACACAGACGAGAAUCUAAAGCUGUUGAGGAAAGGAUGCGAUCAUCUGAAGAGGCAGGUGGAGAACGCCCGGGUGUACGGCCUCCCAGUGAUAGUGGCUGUUAACACCUCCAGCCGUGACACAGAAGCUGAGCUGGAGCUGGUAUGUAGCCAGGCACGCCAGGCCGGGGUGUUUGAGGUGGUACAGUGCACCAGCUGGACUAGUGGGGGCACUGGAGCGCUGGAUCUGGCACACAGUGUCCGAAGAGCAGCCGAGAUCCCCAGCACACUGCGCUUUCUCUAUGAUCUGCAGCUACCGGUCAUCGAUAAGAUUAAAGCAGUAGCACAAAAGACGUGUGGCGCUAAAGAUGUGGAGCUAACACCUAAAGCCAAAGAGAAACUAGCACUGUACAUAAAACAGGGCUUUGAGAAUUGUCCAGUUUGCAUAAACGAGACCUGUUUACCUUUGAGCAAAGAUUCAGAAGCACCUGAAGACUUUACCCUGAUAAUAACAGAUAUCCAGGCCUACGUGGGAGCAGGAUUUCUCUAUCUGGUGCCUGACACGAAAAGUGGCAGUUCUGAAGAUCCUAUGUGGCCAUGUUGGCAUCACAGCAGUGACCUUCACAAUAACGGCCAGUAGCUUCAUUGUUUAAGGGCUGCAGCUGAACUUCUUAACUACAGUAUUUAAGCUCAUAGCAUUAUGGGAUUAUAGCAUGUCUAUAUCGGGUCUGAUUACUUUCUGAAUCCACUGUAUAUUACAUACAAGGAGUCUCUGUGAAUAUGCACUGAUGAGGCAUAACAUUAUGACCACCUUCCUAACUGACUAUGCAGCCCCAUAUGCAGCAAACUGUGAUGCUCUGUGUAUUCUUACACCUUUCUAUCAGAACCAGCAUUAACUUCUUCAGCAAUUUGAGCUACAGUAGCUCGUCUGUUGGAUCACACGUGCAUCAAUAAGCCUUGGCUGCCCAUGACCCUGUCGCCGGUUUACCACUGUUCCUUCCUUGGACCACUUUUGAUAGAUACUGACAUCUGCAGACCGGGAACGAUCAUGAUGGAGAGAUAAUCAGUGUAUUCACUUCACCUGUCAGUGCUCAUAAUGUUAUACCUGGUCGGUGUACUGAUGUAUGUUCUUUCUCAGCUAAUAAAUGAAGUUUCCCUUUCUUUAUUUUUAGUCUGUUUACUUAUCAAACAUCUGUGAAAUGUAAUUUUAAGUACAUGUAAAUAUUAUUGACUUGUUUCUAUGGAAAACUUCUGCUCUUUGCUCUUCCAUAUGCUUUUGAUUAUUGUUCUAGCUACUGUUGUGUUUAUUUAAUAAAGUCUGUUGACCCACAGAGGCACUGGAUAGUGAAA